UCAAAAUUCCACCUUACAAAUCACUGGAGAAUUCAUACGGAAGAGAAACCACACAAGUGCAAUGAAUGUGGCAAGGCAUUUACCAAAUGUUCAGACCUUUGGCUUCAUGAGCAAAUUCACACUGGAGAGAAACCUUACAAAUAUAAUGAGUGUGGCAAGAGUUUUACCAAACGUUCAUAUCUUUGGGAUCAUGAGAGAAUUCAUACUGGAGAGAAACCAUACAAAUGUGUUGAAUAUGGCAAGGUUUUUAGGCAGUGGUCUACCCUCAGGAUUCACCGAAGAAUUCAUACCGGUGAGAAACCUUAUAAAGGUAACGAGUGUGGCAAAGCUUUUAAGCAGUGCUCACACCUGACUAAGCAUCAGAACGUACAUCCUGGAGAGAAGCCACACAAAUGUACUGUGUGUGGCAAGGCUUUCAUCCACAUUUCAAGUCUGGUGAAACAUCAGAAAAUUCAUACUGGAGAAAAACCAUAUAAAUGUAACGAAUGUGGUAAGGCUUUCAUCCAAUGUUCAAGUCUUACAGAACAGCAGAGAAUCCACACUGGUGAGAAACCUUACAAGUGUAAUGAGUGUGGCAAAACCUUCACUGUGUGUUCAAGCCUAACGAAAUGUAAAAGGAACCAUACCAGAGAGAAACCUUACAAAUGUCAUGAGUGUGACAAGGCCUAUACAAAAUUUGUACAACUUACUAGACAUCAGAAAAUAAUUACCAAAAAGAAACACAUUGAAUCUAAUAUAUUUGAUAAUGCUUUUAGUCAGAGCUCAAGCUUGGAGGCUCAUCAGAGAAUUCAUGGUAGAGAGGAACCUUACAAAUGUAAUGAACGUGGUAAAUCCUUUAACUGGGGUUUACAUCUCACCAGACAUCAGAGGAUCCAUAUGGGAGAGAAACCUUAUAAAUGUAACAUAUGCAGCAAGGCCUUAAGUCAAAACUCAAAGCUUAGAAUUCAUCAGAGAAUUCAUACUGGAGAGAAACCGUACAAAUGUAAUGAGCGUGGCAAAGCCUUUAAACAGUACUCAAGCCUCACUCGACAUCAGAAUAUACAUCCUGAAGAGAAGCCACACAAAUGUAAUGUGUGUGAUAAGGCCUUUAUCAAAUGCUCACACCUUUGGGGUCAUAAGAGAAUGCAUACCAGAGAGAAGUCAUACAAGUGUACUGAAUGUGGCAAGGGCUUUGGACAAUGGUCAGACUUUCAGUUCAGUUCAGUUCAGUCGCUCAGUCAUGUCCGAUGCUGUGUGACCCAUGAAUUGCAGCACGCCACGCCUCCCUGUCCAUCACCAACUCCAGGAGUUCACUCAAACUCAUGUCCAUCG